CAGUCUCAAGUACUGAAUUCAGUGAUUGCUGACACACAAACAAACAAGACGAUGAGCGUGUCAACGAUGAUGGAUGCGGUUGAGGCGGUGGUGUCUCGGCUGUUUGAUGCCAAGCGGUUCGUGGAGUGGACCGUGCAUCCAUGGACCAACAUCUUUGACAUGUCCUUUUACCAAGGCGUCGUGGCGACGAUGCUGUGGGCGCUGCUGAUUGCCAUUGGCCUGGCGUACCUGUGUGCGCUUCGCCAGCAGCGCAUCUUCAAGCGCAAGCUGAGCGAGACGCAGGCGAGCUCGCAGAAAGUGGUCCGCAAGCGUGACAUUGUGAGGCUUUGGAUGCGAAGGGCUGCGCAGCGGGCUGGCUGGCGCAAGGGCAAGCAGCCGACGCUGCCACAUGCCGGCGCCGCGGGUGGCGUGCCUGCCAGGCCCCGGAAAUACCGCCAGAAGCGCGCGCUGGUGCGAGCGACAAAGAGGCUACUGGGCCUGUCACGCAACAAGGACCGAAUGAAUCAGCUCAUCCCCAAGCAGCCGUCCAUGAGCCAGCUCGAGCCAGCGCCGCCCAGCGCCAAGACGAGUGGCAUUCCAAAGGAGAUUGAGUUGACUGUGAACAGCAUGCGGGUGUUUGGGCACUUUGAUGAGACGGUGUUCAGCGAGCUGUACAAGGAGCUCGAAGUGGUGCAUCUUGAGAAGGGGCAAUAUCUGUUCCGUGUUGGCCACGUUGACGACGCCGUGUACAUCGUGCAGCAAGGUCGGGUGCAGCUGUGGUGCCGCGAUUCUGAGGUCAAAGGCGACAAGGGCGUCAACGGUAGAGGCAUCCUGCUGACUGAGCUUGGCGUUGGCGAGAAUGUGUCGUCGCUGCUGUCUGUGGUGGAACGAAUGUCCGGUGCGACCACGCCCUACAAAACCAUUGAAGCGCGCGCAGCCGAGGACGACACAGCCGUGAUUCGCAUUUCUUACGACUGCUUUCUCGGCAUUGUUGGCCGUCACCACGAGGCGUACAGGCAGCUUGUGCAGGUGGUGGCCACGCGGCUGCAGCGUGCUGUGUUUGUCACGUUGCACCGCUUCAUGGGUCUGAGCGUGGAGUUGACGCACGUGCCGUGUGAUCCGCCCCCUCUCCCGGAACUGAAGCACCCAACCGUCACCCAAUCAGACCUUGAAGAUGUUAAACGCUACCAGGACCGACUUCGCGACGUUUGCGCAAUCAUGGCCCAACGCAUUGGCAGUGACGACCUUGGCCCCAUGCUGGCGAAAGUGUGCAAGUUCAGGGCGUGCAGCACGGGCGAGACCGUCGUGGAGCAGGGUGCGCGUGACUGUGACAUCUUCUAUGUUGUGCGUGGAUCCCUGAGCACGUUUAUUCCAGCGCGGUCGGGCGAUGGCGAGGAGUUUGUGUUCAAGGUGAGCGCAGGGCAGUGUAUUGGCGAGCUGUCUGUGCUUUCGCGCAUCGAAUCAUCGAUAACUGUUCGCGCCGACGACGAUGCCCUCCUCGUCAGAAUUCCAAAUGCUGCUGCGCAGAAACUGCUCUCUGAAAAAGCAGGACGGCCUCUUCUCGACCACCUCAUCACCAUUACGCUGAGUGCCAUCAGCCCACUGAUCCGACAAGUCGACUUUGCGCUGGACUGGCCGCACUGCGCCGCUGGCGACGUGGUGUACAGACAGGAUGAGCCCGCCAAGGACAUCUACAUCGUGCUCUCCGGUCGACUUCGGUCUGUCGUCAAGCGGCAAGACGGAACGCGUGCGAUUGUGCGCGAGCACGGGCGAAACGACCUUGUGGGAGAGGUGGAGGUGCUGACGGAGACAACGCGAGCAACCACCGUCCACGCCGUUCGCGACACCGAACUCGUCAAGGUGCCUGCUGGCAUGCUUGAGCUGAUCAAGGCAAAGUACAUUGAGGUGGCAACGCACCUCAUGCGACUGCUGAGCGAGCGACUGCUGUCUAUUGUGCAGGGCGGCGACAACGAGACAAAGGCGCCCGGCUUCUCAACGGUUGCACUUGUGCCGGCAACACCCGACGUGCCCCUCCGCGCAUUCGCACAGAAGAUCGAUGCUGCGCUGAACCUCUAUGGCCCUUCGCUGCUGCUGAAUCAGGACAUUGUGCAGGAGAAAUUCGGAACAAACCCCCUGCAGGUGUCCGGGUUUCUGGAAUCACAGCUCAUCACGUGGCUUGCCCAGGAAGAGGAUCGUUACAGCGUUGUCGUGUAUGAGGCCGAUCCAACGCUCACCGCGUGGACACGUCGCUGUGUGCGCCAGGCAGACUGCAUCCUCAUUGUCGCCCUCGGCAACAACAGCACGGAGCCGGGACAACUGGAGCUCGAGCUUGAGCACAUGUCGCAGCGCGCCCAGAAGGAGCUGGUGCUGCUGUAUCCGAGCAACCAAGUCAGCCCGACAGGGACCGCCAAGUGGCUCAACAAACGAUCCUGGUGCAGCUUCCACCACCACAUCCGCUGCUGCGAUUCCGUGCUGCCGCCCGGACAGCAGAGCAACGACCGCCGCACUCUCCUCGACUUUCUCCUCGACACGAGCCAGCUCCCGGAGGAGUUUCAAGAUGAAGCCACACGCUCAGGCCACGAUGACAGCGACAAGAACGCACCAUCAACAUCAGCAGCAGCAACAGCGACCACGACUGACGAACCACCCGUGACACCAACGACCCCGGCACCGCCGAACGAUGACGUGCGCCUGAAUCUGGAGCUGUCGCACUACGGCCGCCUAGCUCGCCACAUCAAGGGCCUUUCCGUCGGAGUGGUGCUCGGUGGCGGCGGUGCGCGCGGUAUUGCACACGCGGGCGUUCUCCGCGUCCUCGAGACAACAGGUGUUCCUGUUGACAUGAUUGGCGGGACAAGCAUUGGCGCAUUUGUGGGCGCUCUCUACGCAGACGAAGACGGUCUGGACAAGACGGACUUCUUGCCGCGUUUGUUUGAUUUCGCCAAGAGAAUGGGCAAUCAGUGGAACAUUGUCAUGGACUUGACAUAUCCAAUUGUCGCCAUGUUCUCUGGUCGCGCCUUCAACAGGGUGAUCAAUGGGGUGUUUGAGGACACACAGAUUGAAGACUUGUGGAUUCCGUUCUUCUGCGUCACCACCGACAUUACAGACAGCAAGCGCAAGACCCACACGCACGGGUCUGCGUGGCGGUAUGUGCGUGCAAGCAUGAGUCUUAGUGGAUAUCUUCCACCAAUUUGCGAUCCAGAGGACGGGCACCUGUUGCUUGAUGGCGGCUACGUUGACAUUCUGCCAAUUGAGGUGAUGCGCGAGAAAGGGGCGCACACGAUCAUCGCCGUGGAUGUGUCUGCGAAAGAGCCGACGGACUUGGACGUGUACGGCGACGAGCUCUCCGGCUGGUGGCUGCUCUGGCGCAAGUGGAACCCCUUCCUCUCAAAGCCAAAGAUCCCUGUGAUGGAAGACAUUGCGUCGCGUCUCGCGUUCAUCUCCUCAAGCAACUUCCUCAAUCAGCUGCAACUGAAACAGGACGACAUUGAGCUGCUGCAUCCGCCCGUGUCGCAUUACGGCGUGCUCGAGUGGGACAAAGCCAGCGAUAUCCUCAACCUCGGCGAGGACUCGGCUAGGCAUCAGCUGCAGCACUGCGCACGACGCUGGCGCCUGGAGAAGCGCAAGCGUGCUCGUUCGAGCGCUGCUGCGCUUUCGCUGCACAAUGUGGCCGACGUUGAAAAGUUUCGCUUUGAGCUCAAGACACCGCGCCAGCCGUCGCUUGACAUUGCGUUCUGAUGCUGCAGUCGAGAUGCUGGUGCUGCAUGGUGUGAUGUGUUGUGCAUUGAUGUGGGUUACAUGUAGUGGGUGUGCUUGGUUACGUUUGGUAGUUGUGGUUACGUGUUGUGGUGGAGUGCACUUGCUUACGACUGCUGGUGAUUGUCACGUGUUCAUGCUGAUGAGCUUGUAUGGCUGCGCGUGUCAAUGUGUGUGCAUGACGUGCUGUCAAGCAAGCAGAACUGUGUGUGUGCGUGUUUGCGAUAAAAGGUCUGGCACAGAA